ACAGUGGGCCGGAAGUCGUAGCGGGCUGGUGGAGCUGGAGAACGGAUGCGCAUCAGCUACAGGGGAAGCGUCCACUAUGGCUGAGACCCACAGCUUACAGGACCUACAGCAGCCAGCUGUCUCCUCCAAGGUGUUCAUCCAGAGAGACUACAGCUCAGGAACCAUCUGCAAGUUCCAGACCAAGUUCCCCUCUGAACUUGAAUCAAGGCUCGAUAAGCAGCAGUUUGAGGAGACAAUCCAGACUCUGAACAACCUGUAUGCAGAGGCAGAGAAACUUGGGGGGAAGUCUUACUUGGAGGGCUGCCUGGCUUGUCUAACUGCUUAUACAAUCUUCCUCUGUAUGGAGACACACUAUGAAAAGGUCCUGAAGAAGAUUGGCAGGUACAUUAAGGACCAGAAUGAAAAGAUAUAUGCUCCCAGGGGCCUGCUGCUGACUGACCCCAUUGAGAGAGGACUCAGAGUUGUUGAAAUCACAAUCUUUGAAGACAGAAGCAUUGGCUCUGGAAGAUAAAGAAUCUGACGACUGGUGACUCUGACAAGAUACUUUUCCUCUCUCUGACAACACAUAUUCAGAUAUCUGCAUCAUCUGAAUGGAUGUAUAUAAUUUUGAUCUGAUCCUUUUUUCUGUAAUUUAUAAGUAUUCUACGGUCUGCCUAUCCUUAUGUUUGUUAAUGUGAUUUCAUGUCUUUUUAUACAUGCGGUGAUGUACUGUCCAAACUGCAAGUACUUAGACAGUGACACAUUUUUUCUCCUCAGGCUGUGUGCUUCAGCACAUUCAAUUUGAAAUAAAAUAAUGGAUUCUGCAUUUGUGUUAAGUCUCAGCUUUAAAGAAACAUUAUGCAACUAUUUUACCUUAAAAUAAGAGUUUCAAAAUCAUUUUGAUGUUGCACUGACUUGGAAUAGUGAGAACGGUGUCUCUCUUGUUCCGCAUCUUGAACCACGCACCAUAUAACUUGGGUUCAGUGGGCAGUGACUGACUGCAAAGGAUUUUCCACAAAAUAUUGAAUAUGUCUAUUUUGUUUGACUUCAUGUGUAUCUGUCCAGUGGGUUAAAAGAGCUAAAUCUCCCUCACAAUUCUCUGUAUGUUAAUCUACUCAAAGCUAAGACUUGGCAGUUUAAUGUAGUAUAUUUUGUUUUAUUUCAAUUUAAAUGUACCGAGGCACAGAGCUUGAAGAACAGGAAACUGUCCACAUACUUUUAGUUUGAACUGGAUAAAUCAUGUCCUAGCUGAUCAAGACCGGUGAAUAGUGCCAUUGUGUUAAAUGCCACUUUUUGAUGAUGAUGAUAAGGUAAUCAUGAGUAAUUUGACUUGGGUAUUGUUUUGCAAAUGAUUUAAAUAGAAAUAGGUGGGGUCUGCAUUUUUGGCACAGUAUGUAAACAGUAAUUCUGUUAUGGGUUGUGCUCUACAGUAUUAACAUGCUGGUUGUAGCCUUUGUUGAGGCGAAUGUUUUCUUAUUUGUGCAUGAAUGUGAUUCUUUUGGGGGAAAUCUUGUCUUGUGAAACACACACAUUAGAAGUUCUGAACUGGAGAUUUUUGUGACUUCAAAGACAGAGUAUGUUUACCAUUAAUGAAUCUAUCACAAAACAAUAAUGCGACCCAGUGCAUUUUGAGAAAUGUCCAUCUCUGUCAUGUCAUUGUACAACUGCUCUAAAUCUCCUUAUCCUGUUACAUGUUUCUCCCAAGAUUCACUCUCUAUGUUGCGAAUGUCAUGCCCUUUUUCAUUAUCACCACAGGAACCUUAAACACUCUGAACUCCACAGAUGAUUGGCAUAGUUGGUGUUUGAUACAACUGGUCUACUUUUCUUAAAAUAUUGUUCUGUUUUGUCUAAAUAAAUAGUCUUUUUUCCUGAAA